CAGGAUUCGGGUGGGUUGGAGUCUGGAGUGAACUGUGGAGGUGUAUACCUGUGAACAGCUCUGAGCUCAAGGCAGAGCUGGGCAGAGCUGUGGGUGGUUGGUUGGCGUGGACGGCGAGGUAUAACUUUUCGUGUAGACCACGAUUGCGAUGCUCACACGUGACGCGUAAAGACACCUUUUGCACCGUCACAAGCGAAACGGAUGUUCGUUAUAGACACGUACGGACUACAUUUUGUUCGAAAGCUCGACGACCGAGUGGCGGCGACGACGACGAUUACGACAACGACGACGGUGGACAACGGCGACUCGCCGGUCCACGCCCGACGAUCGAUCUGACUGAUUUUUGCGAUCCGGUCACCGAAAACUUCCAUCAUUCCGUCAAUAACCGUGUGCCGACCCGCAGGGUGGCGAUCGUCCGAUAAGGGUUCUAUCUGCGAUAGACUGGUCGACCAGUCUGUUCGUGGGUGUUUGAAUAACUGCGGCAACUGGAAGUUGACCCUGAAUGCAGAGCCCCCGUGGCUUUGCUAGCACCCCCACAGUGAUUUUGUCUUAAUCCACUUCCUCACGACUCACCUAAUUAGCAUUGACAGCUGCCUCUUUGCUGCCUAGCACCUACAGAGUACUAAUCAAUUCGAUCAAAUUCAAUCAACAUGAAGGUAACAAAUCUAGACGAACGUAUCCAUGUCUUGGACAGUGAGUCCAAUGUUAUGACCGUUAUGAAAAACAUUGCAAUGAGUGGUUUACAAGAAGAAGCUUUCUACGUAUUGGAUAUAGGAGAUAUUGUACAAAAGCAUAAAAUCUGGAAAGAAAAAUUGCCACGAGUUGAACCCUACUAUGCUGUAAAAUGUAAUGACAAUUUGGUGGUAAUCGAAGUAUUAGCGGCCCUUGGUGUCAAUUUUGAUUGUGCAUCUAAGAAUGAAAUAAACAAAGUGUUAAGCUUUGGUAUAGAGUCUUCAAGAAUUAUUUUUGCUAAUCCGGCCAAACCGGCUUCACAUAUUCGUCAUGCUGCUGCAGUAGGUGUGGAAACUAUGACAGUAGAUAAUGAAAGUGAACUGCACAAAAUUAAAAAACUUUUCCCAACGGCCAAGAUUGUUUUACGAAUUCGUUGCGAUGCGGAAAUGGCUCAGUGUCCGCUUGGCAUGAAAUUUGGUUGUGAUCCGAUACAUGAGGCUCCUAAUCUUUUACAUCUUGCAUAUAACUUAGGCCUUAACGUAGUAGGCUUCAGUUUCCACGUUGGUUCUGGAUGUCAAGAUCCACCGGUAUUUUAUCGCGCUAUUCAUCAUUGCAAGAUAUUAUUCGACAUGGCUACCGAUCUUGGCUUUAAGCCGUAUCUCUUGGAUCUUGGUGGAGGUUAUCCAGGCAACAAAGGCACAAGCAUUGAUAAAAUUGCCGAGAUUAUUAAUAAAGCUCUCGAUGAAUACUUCAACACUGAUGCUGUUCACGUGAUUGCUGAACCGGGCCGCUUUUACGUUGCAUCUGCAUUUACAUUGGCAACGAGUAUUCAUAGCAAACGUUCUAUACGCGGAGAUGAAAAUUCCAGCGCAAUUACGCACAAUAUGUAUUAUAUCAACGACGGUGUUUAUGGAUCAUUCAAUUGUCUGCUGUACGAUCAUCAGCAUGUGACUCCUAUUCCUUUGAAGAAUGGCUGUGGAAAGAUGAUUCCUUCGAGCGUAUGGGGUCCAACAUGUGAUGGACUAGACAAAAUCGUUGAGAACAUCAUGUUGAAUGACAUGGAACUUGGCGAGUGGAUGAUUUUUGAAAAUAUGGGAGCCUACACUCUACCCGUUGCUUCACCAUUUAAUGGUUUUCCCAUUCCUAAGGUUCAUAUUGUGGCUGAUGAAGACAUUUGGCUUUUAUUAAAGGAUGCUCUGCCUUUAACUGAAGACCACUUUGUUAUUGGCAAUACACCAGCUAAUUUACGACUUGGAUUAGAUAUUGGUGGAAAUGAUAUCGAUCCAUGGAGGGACACUCAUCCAAUGGAGUUGACACCACCUGAAAUAUUAACGGACACUUCUAAUACUCCGUCACAUUUUAUUUUUGAGUAUGUCGAGGCGCCACUAAAUUAACUUGCACAAAUUAUUUGAAAAUACUUUAUGCAUUUCAAAACAAACGUUGUUCAAUUAUUGUAUGAAAUAAUUUCAUUUCUUUUUAAUGAAAAAAUAUUAAAGGCGUAAAUAUUUUUUAACGGUAUAAUCACAUUAUCAUUUAUCGUUUAUAUUUUCUAAAAUUCUGAAAUAUUACGUAAUAAUUUCGCACACAAAAAUGUAUCUACAGACAAGUUGUGUCUUAAAACAAGACAAUAAAUAUUUUAUAGACAAAUUCUUUGUAACAUUAAAAAAUGCUAAUUUUCGUGCACAAAAUGUUAAUGCUAUGAGUGUAAAGAUACUGAAUUUUGUUGUCAAAGACAUGAAGUUCGAGCAAGAACUUUUUUUAUACUGAUCUUGCCACUCUUAAAUGUGUGAAAAUCUGUCUCCGUCAUUUGUAAUUUUUAAACUCUUCCUAUUUGAAUACUAUUGUAGCCUCGAUAUUUUUAUAUUACUUAGAUUUUUUGUCUUAAAAUGUUACAAAGAAUCUGUCUUAAAGUAUUUGUCAUUAGUUUUGGGACACCCUGUAUAUGUAUUGAUUUUAAGAGUUUUAUAAUUACAUGCACUCUACUUUUUU